UUCCGUGAAUAAUUGCCAAUAUGCAAUAUAGAUUAAUAGAAAACUUUGGUAUAUAGAUUUUAGCAGCAUAUAUCAGAUUUUUAAAAAGUGUGAAAUGAUGCAUAGUUAGAAUCAAAUAACGUCAUCCGUUAGUGAAGUUACGACACGUGUUCAAUGCGUUGACAAUAGAAUUAUUAGAAAAAGUUGGUCGAAUUUUGAAUUUUAUUUGUGCAUUAAUUGCAUUUUUGCAUAAAGGAAAGAACAAUUGUGAAUUCAUGGCGAAAAGAAUUCAACCACCUUGGAGUCUUCCAGAAAGGAAGACACCUACUAAACUAUAUCUAUAUAAUAGUUUAACUCGUGAAAAGGAAGAAUUUAUUCCUCAAUUUGGAAAUGGAGUUCUGUGGUAUAGUUGUGGUCCAACAGUUUACGAUGCCUCACAUAUGGGUCAUGCCAGAUCAUACAUAUCCUUUGAUAUCUUACGGAGAGUAUUGUCAAAUUAUUUUGGAUAUGAUGUCUUGUACGUAAUGAAUAUAACUGAUAUAGAUGACAAAAUUAUCAAACGAGCCAGACAAAAUUAUUUAUUUCAAAAUUAUGUUAAAGAAAAUUAUAGCUUAGAUAAAAUAUUAGAUCAUACUAAAAUAGUAAUGUCCAAUUUUGAAAACAUAGUAAAAAUAACAACUGAUCCCGAUAAAAAAUGUAUGAUGGAAAAGAUGUUGAGUCGAGUCGAAAAAGCUAUAGAAAAUUUGGAAAGAGCAGUCAGAAGUAAAGAUGAAAAUAAAAUUAUAAAAUGCCAAGAGAUAUUAUUGGAGGAAGCACGAGAUCCUUUAGCCAAUUGGUUAGAUGAUCAAAAAGGAGAUACUGUUGAGGAACAUUCAAUAUUUACCAAAUUGUCGCAACAUUGGGAAUCGGAAUUUCACAAAGAUAUGGAUGCUUUAAAUGUAUUGAGGCCUAAUGUCUUAACAAGAGUUAGUGAAUAUGUCCCAGAGAUUAUUGAAUUUAUUCUUAAAAUUAUAGAUAAUGGUUUUGCUUAUGAAAGCAAUGGAUCUGUUUAUUUUGAUGUAGGAAAAUUUGAUAAAAAAGAUAAGCAUUACUAUGCGAAAUUGGUUCCUGAAGCAUAUGGUGAUACAUCAAGUUUAGAAGAAGGAGAAGGUGAUUUAAGCACAUCGGUUGAAACAUUGUCAGAAAAGAGAUCGGUAACAGAUUUUGCUCUUUGGAAGCGUUCUAAGGCAGGUGAACCUUGGUGGUGUAGUCCUUGGGGUAAAGGUAGACCAGGUUGGCAUAUAGAGUGUUCUGUAAUGGCAUCAGCAAUUUGUGGUGAUAGUUUAGAUAUUCAUACUGGAGGCGUAGAUCUUAAAUUUCCUCAUCAUGACAAUGAGCUUGCUCAAGCUGAAGCACAUUUUAAUAACUCGAAUUGGGUUAGAUAUUUUCUUCAUUCUGGUCACUUAACAAUUGCUGGUUGUAAAAUGUCUAAAUCAUUAAAGAAUUUUAUUACUAUACAAGAUGCAUUAAAAAAACAUUCAGCGAGACAGUUAAGACUUGCAUUUCUUCUUCACUCAUGGAAGGAUACUCUAGACUAUAGUGAAAAUACUAUGAAUAUGGCUAUUCAAUACGAAAAGUUCCUCAACGAAUUCUUCUUAAAUGUAAAAUGCAGAAUUAGAUGCUCAAGUAAUACAGGUAAUAUAAAUCUUUUUAGUAAAUGGACUGAUGCUGAAAUAGAUCUUAACUCAAAGUUUUCUGCUUCGAAGGAUUCCGUUCACAAUUCAUUAUGUGACAAUAUUGAUACAAAAAGUGCUUUAGACGCAAUUAGAGAUAUUGUAGCACAUUGCAAUAUUUAUAUGAAGCAAAAUAAACAUCCAAAUACUCUAUUACUCAGAGAUAUUGCAGUUUACAUUACAAAAAUAUUCACUAUUUUUGGUGCUAUAAAUUCAUCUCAUGAUGGCAUUGGUUUUCCAAUUGAUAAUGAGACAACGAAAACAAAUGUGGAAGAAAUCGUUAUGCCGUAUCUUGAAAUUCUUUCUGAUUUUCGAGAAAAAGUAAGGGAUCAUGCAAAACUUAUAAAAGCAGAUAGUAUUCUUCGUGAAUGUGAUAAGUUGAGAGAUGAUAUUUUGCCAACUGUCGGUGUUCGUUUAGAAGAUGAUAGCGAAGAUGGUUGCCAAGUAAAAUUAGUAAACAAAGAUGAACUUUUAAAAGAGAAAGAAGCUAAAAGAAAAGCAGAAUUGGAGAAAAUUUUAGAAAAGGAAAAAAGAAAAAGUGAAGCAGCUGCUGCAGCUGCUGCGAAAGAAGCGCAAAAGAGAAUAUCACCAAUGGAAAUGUUUAAAUUAGAGAAGGACAAGUAUUCUCAAUUUGAUGAAAAAGGAUUACCGACGCACGAUGCAUGUGGUAAAGAGAUCAGUAAAGGACAAUUGAAAAAGUUACAAAAACUACAGCAAGCUCAAGAAAAAAAAUACAACGAUUACUUAAUGUCUCAACAGAAUUGUAUUAAGUAAUCUUGUUGCCAUUAAUGUAUUUGCAUGCUUUUUUCUUUUUUCAUAAAAUUGUUAACAGGAAAAGACUAUUAAAAAGUGCGAACAAUAGGUUUUUUACUCUAA